UGUAUUAUACGCAGUGAAAUCAUUCCUUUCUCUUAAUCGUUUUAUCACCGUUUGUAAGUGUUAACACGUGAACCCUUAUCUUGACGAACUUGACCGUAUCAGUCAUUCACCAGCAGUUGCCAUCGGCAAAGUUUAAAGACGUGUCUAGAAAAGGGAGUGUUUGUAAAACUGCACGUACAUCAACAUGGCACUAGCUCGGUUCCAGUCGCUUUUCCGAACAUCAAGAGCAGCUGUCAUUGGCAUGAUUCAUGUUAAACCUCUGCCAGGAUGGUGUUUUAGUUGAAAACAUGUUUGACCUGCCUUAUCUUGAAAGAUCAUCACUUGGACCAGAAACUGUGGCUUGCAUGACACGCAUAUGUGCGGAAGUCCGCGCCAUUGUGCCAAAAGAAAUCCCUUGUGGGAUUCAGAUCCUUGCUGGAGGAAACCAAGAGGCAUUGGCUGUAAGUAAGGCUUGUGGAUUACAGUUCAUUCGGGCAGAAUGCUUCGUAUUUUCGCAUGUCGCAGAUGAGGGUAUCAUGAAUGGCUGUGCUGGUCAUCUGCUUCGAUACCGACGCACAAUAGGAGCUGAGGAUGUUAUGGUCUUUACAGACAUCAAGAAAAAACACAGUGCUCAUGCCAUAACAGGGGAUAUUAGCAUAGCAGAAAUGGCACAGGCUGCAAAGUUUUUCCUUGCUGAUGGAGUCAUAAUCACUGGAGCAUCAACUGGACAAGAAGCUGAUCAUGAAGAGUUAGAAGAUGUAGAAAGCAGUGUAGAUCUUCCAGUGCUGAUAGGAUCAGGAAUAACGAAAGAGAAUAUUCAUAAGUAUAUGAAAGCUCACGCCUUCAUAGUUGGAUCACACUUCAAAGAAUUUGGAAGGUGGACUGAAAAUCUUAAACUGGAAAGAAUCUUAUCCUUCACAAAUGAAGUGAAAAAACUUCGGGGAGACUAAGAAGGCUGCAAAUUAUUCCAUGCUUGCUGAAUAUGUAAUUUCUGAAUAGGCUUGUUUGAUACUGGUACUGAGGACUUAUCUGUUUGCCAAUCUUGAUAUAUUAGAGGUUUGACAGAUGAUAUCCAGACAGAUUUUUAUUGACAAUCCACAUUGGAGAAAUGAGUGAAUGACCAGUUAUGAACCCCACCCAUACCCUAUGUAUAGUUAAAUUAACUACAACAAGGAGGAUUAAGAGCUAGCAGCAGGGAGCUUGAGGAGAAAGGCUGAAUUCUGUUGUCACUUGUGUGUGUGCGCUUUGUACCUCUAAGGUUAAGAUAGAGACAAAGAAAAUUGUGCCUUUUCUAUGUAGACUAUUUUUUUAAAUUUUAUCGUGACUGGUGAGUCAGUAAUUUAGAUUUGUCAAAUACCACAGUGGUCCCGUGAUAAGCAUAAGAAGCACUCGCAGGAAAAGGUGAAAUGAAAAAUUGUACACUGCUCUUGAGUCCUUAUUUCAGUGAUCUGAUCUUUCUGUCAUUGUGUUCAGGUCUGGAAAUAAGAUGAAAGCUCAGUGUUUACGAUCUUUCAUUUCACCUUUUCCUGCGAGCACUUCUUAUUUGUAAUGUAGAGCAGAAAGAUAUUGUUCAGGUGAUUGUCAUCAAUCUGUUACCUGAAGUGGUUUACUGUUACUUUGUGAUUAUUUUUUCUACCUAGAAAGUAACACAUGGUUCUUAGUAAGCUAAUACGCUACAAUUUGUCAACAUUUAGUAUAAGGCUAUUGUAGUGUAUGAAGAAUCUUAAUAUGUAAAUGCAGUAUUAGUAAGCAUACUAUUGUUUAUUGUAGACUAUUAGUAUAUAAGUUUAUCAGUUUUGUAUGAUGGUGUGUGUAUGUAUCAGUUUAUAUAUUAUUAAUAAUACCAGGAUUUAUGGAA